AAUCGCUUUUCUGAGUUUGAAUAAACCGUAGCACCUGGAGGAACUCUUGAACCUUCCUUUUUUGGAACAACACAAAAACGUCGCUCAUCUUUCCGAAACGGGCACGAACGGCCGAAAACACAAAAAAUCCCUCGCCACUGGUUUGGAUCCCCGCAUUCGUUUUGGACACUCUGUCACCCACUGACCAUGAUCAAGUCCGUCCUCAUUUUCAAUAACCAUGGCAAACCACGGUUAAUCAAGUUUUAUCAACAAAUUGAUAUCGCUACGCAACAGGCUCUCGUUCAGGAAAUCUUCUCACUCGUUUCAAAGCGACCAGAUACCGUUUGCAAUUUCUUGGAAGGCAGUAAACUUCUCGGCGGAAAAGACACACGCGUCAUUUAUCGUCAUUAUGCUACGCUAUACUUUGUUUUUGUCGUCGAUGAAAGCGAGAGCGAAUUAGGCAUUCUCGACCUCAUUCAGGUGUUUGUAGAAAGCUUGGAUCGUUGUUUUGAAAAUGUCUGCGAGUUGGAUUUGAUUUUCCACUUUGAUGAGGUCCACUAUAUUUUAUCAGAAAUCAUCCAGGGAGGGAUGGUUCUUGAAACCAAUAUGAACGAGAUUGUGGCCGCCAUUAACGAAGCCAACAAAGCGAAAAAGAAAGGCAGCAGUGCGGCUACAACCGCUUUGGGAAUGCGAGCAACAGAAACACUGCGCACUGGCUUUCGGCACUAAUGGUUUAUGUCCCACCACACCCAACCCGAUGCGUCCAGAAAUGGCGAAGCGAAUCGCAAGAUACCUGUCUAUUGAUUGUAUAAUACGAACAACAAGUGAAGCAAUGCAUUUUAUUUUUAUUCCUGUAAACAAAACAAAAAAAAAUCAAAAGAAGAACAAAUGGAACAAAACCCCGUCUUUCAGAUACAAGAGGAAACGUUCAUAUGGAGAUGAUAUGGCAUAAUAGAAAGGGAAAAAAAGGAAAGAAUAAAAAAAGGAUGUGGAUUUUUUCAAGGUAAAUGAACAAAAGCCAAGGGUACGGCUCUUUUAUGAUGAGUAGGGUGGGAGACGACAAGAUGGAUCAAAAUCAAGCCAUGGAUUCCUUAGACGGGAAGAAGCGUUGGCUAGAUAAUAUUAUUC